AUGGGCGGCAACCUCUCCUCUCCCGUGGUCCAACAUACCCACAAGUUUGUUCUGGGUGCCCCCGACGCGCGCAACGACCUUAUUCUCGCCUCCAUCUGGGCAUCCGUCUUUUACGCCUGCGCAAUGGUCUUCACGACGUGCGUGCUCGUCGAUCGCUGGAAGGGCCCGGCGGAUAAGGUGCGCGUGGGAGGGGGGUCUGUGCUGGUCGCGUUGCUGGUGUCGACGGCUUGGCCCGUUGUUAUGGCCUAUCUUGCGGCUACGGAGUGA